AUGGAUCACGGUGUCAUCGGAAAUGUCCUUGGUGUCAUCUUCGUUGCGCUGUGGUGCGUGGUUGCCUUCCUCUGCUUUUCCCGCAUCCACCCGCUGCUCGACGACCGCCACCACCUGCUGGCGUCCCCGCUGGUGCCUGUGAAGGUCUGCAUUGUGACACUGCUGGGCCUUGAGGCCAUCGCGUACGCCGCGAUGGGCGAGCUGGAGCUCUUCUUCCCUGACGCGCCCUGGCGGCUGAUGCCAGCGUAUGUAUUCCACAUCACCGUGCAGCUUUUUCUGCGGCCGGCGGCGGUGGUGCUGUUCUGUAUCGUCGUGUCCACGCCGGCGGCGUUGUACGGCUGUGCGAGGCGCACGGCGCCCCAUACGCACGCCCAGCGCGACGUCACAGCUACACCAGUGGCAGUGGCGGCGGCGGCGCCCGUCAACGGCAGCGCAGCCUUUCGUUCGUCUUUCCUGUGCCGUGAGGGAACACGCGGCAUCGACGACCACGACGACGAUGGCUACUCGGUGAUGGACUGCGGGGGGCGUGGGGACUACACACGAUCAGGCGCCGAGGAGCGAUGCUGCACGUCCGUGACAGAUGUCGCGGAUGUACAACUUAUGUACACCGUUCCUGGUGAGGAUGAUGAGGAUGAGGAAUGCCGUGCUCCUGUUGCGAUGACUCCACGGAACGGACCGCACAGAAGUGGUGUUCGUUCGCCUUUGCAGCUGGACUUUCUCACGCGAAAGAUAGUUGAAGGUGACGACAGUGAAAGCCAAAUUGCCCGGCAGAAGCUGAUGAUCUGGGAGGAUAACUUGACCAUCGUGGACCGCAACCUCGACGAGAACGAGCGGCACCAUAGCAGCGGCAGCACAGUACCAGGCAUGUCGCAGCCGCAGUUAAUGACGACGAUGGAGUGUUGGGAGAUAAGCGCCGUCACAUCUGGUUACAGCUGGAAGGACAGAUGCGUGCAGUGCGGCAGCACACUGUUCCGCUGGGUCUUUGGCCGCCCCCCGCCAGAGGAUCUCGCAGAUGAGCAUGAAAGUUUAGUGGAGCGGUGGUCGCGUCAGCUCUUGUGGCGCGUCGCACUACGACUUCGACUGUUCAUCCUCUUAUGGGUAUUCUUCUUUUUACUGAGCAUCGUCUUUGUGGAGUGCGCGUUGAAGGAGGAGCUGCGCAGCUGCCACGAACGCACCUCUGAACUGGCGGUAUGCCGCAGCAUCGGUUUGGGCGGGGCUGCGCCGCGGCUGCAUCUCCCGCGCACGCUUAGCAUUCUCGUGCUCAUCAACAAUGCGCUGCUCCUUCUCUUUUGGGCAAUGUGCGGUGCCGAGUGUCUUAGUCGCAUCGGCAACGUUCUAACAAAGCAGAGUUUUCUUCGGACAUACCUCAUUGGUGCGUUGUUACUAGCGGCGCUCACAAUGUAUGAGUGUCUGCAGCUCUUUGAUGCGCUGCGGUAUAACGGACUCGUGACGGUGGUGAUUGUGUCGCUGAAGAACGUGUGCGACGGCUUCUUAGUCUUGCUUCUGGCGCUGCGGCUUGGGACUGCCAGUCGGCGGAUGCCGCAGUGGUACACGCUGCUGGGGUCACUCUUCCUGCGCCCCACCGCCUCCGCGUGGCUCUGCGAGAGGCGCCGCAACUAG